GCUAUAGUUGAGGCAAGAGCUUUGCGAUACCAACACCCGAGUUCACAGAGGGGCACAUAGGAACUCCUCUAGCAGAUCGCGGGCAUUUGGCCAGCCGCGUUCUCUCUUUACAAGCCCUAUAAUUUCCAUCCACAUUUGCAAACAAGCAGUCAACUUGCAACUCUUAAAGCUUAAAGGACACCAGACUCGCGAGCAGCUGAAGGCACCAAAAUGGGCCGGGCGGGAGGCGAGGGCCUGAAGGGCUAUUACCGUGCCAAGAUUGAGGAGCUUGAGCUGCAGGUCAAGGAUAAGACGCACAACUUGCGUCGCCUGGAGGCCCAGCGCAAUGAGCUCAACUCGCACGUCCGCAUGCUGAAGGAGGAGCUGCAGCUUCUACAAGAGCCGGGCUCCUACGUGGGCGAGGUUAUCAAGCUCAUGGGCAAGAACAAGGUGCUUGUCAAGGUGCACCCCGAGGGCAAGUACGUGGUGGACAUUGACAAGGACAUCUCCAUUGACGCGCUGAACCCGGGCGCCCGUGUGGCCCUGCGCAACGACUCGUACGCGCUGCACCUGGUGCUGCCCACCAAGGUGGACCCGCUGGUGUCGCUGAUGAAGGUGGAGAAGGUGCCCGACUCCACCUACGACAUGAUCGGCGGCGCUGAGCAGCAGAUCAAGGAGAUCAAGGAGGUGAUUGAGCUGCCCCUGAAGCACCCGGAGCUGUUUGAGAGCCUGGGCAUUGCGCAGCCCAAGGGCGUGCUGCUGUACGGCCCGCCCGGCACCGGCAAGACGCUGCUGGCCCGCGCCGUGGCCCACCACACCGACUGCACCUUCAUCCGCGUCAGCGGCAGCGAGCUGGUCCAGAAGUACAUCGGCGAGGGCAGCCGCAUGGUGCGGGAGCUGUUCGUCAUGGCGCGCGAGCACGCUCCCUCCAUCAUCUUCAUGGACGAGGUGGACUCCAUUGGCAGCGCCCGCACCGACAACAGCGGAGGAGGCGGAGACAGCGAGGUCCAGCGCACCAUGCUGGAGCUGCUCAACCAGCUGGACGGCUUCGAGGCCUCCAACAAGAUCAAGGUGCUCAUGGCCACCAACCGCAUCGACAUCCUGGAUGCGGCGCUGCUGCGGCCCGGCCGCAUCGACCGCAAGAUCGAGUUCCCCAACCCCAACGAGGCCGCGCGGCUGGACAUCCUCAAGAUCCACUCCCGCAAGAUGAACCUGACCCGCGGUAUCGACCUCAAGAAGAUCGCGGACAAGAUGGCGGGCUGCAGCGGCGCCGAGGCCAAGGCCUGCUGCACCGAGGCGGGCAUGUUUGCGCUGCGGGAGCGCCGCGUGCACGUGACGCAGGAGGACUUUGAGAUGGCGGUGGCCAAGGUGAUGAAGAAGGACAGCGACAAGAACAUGUCCAUCAAGAAGCUCUGGAAGUAAUUGGUUGGCGAGGAAUGGAGGGACAGCUAUGCAUAUACCGGCCAUCCUCUGGAAGGAUUUCCCUGAAAGCUUAUCAAUGAGUUAGGCACGUGGAAACACAGGUGGUGAGGGUUGCCGGUGGAGUAGAAAGCGGGUGUGGAGCGGACAGGGGGGAAUGUAGCCACCAUUCCCAGAAAGGGUUGAUUGGAGGCGGAGCUGGGGAGAGGACGUGAAGGCCAGGGGGAGCGGCAGGGGGGAGCGGGCUGUGGAGCUACGGGCCUGCCGCAGUGGUGGAUCCAGCAGCGCCCGUGCUGGCCGUGCCGGGCUAGGGGCUAGAGCGAGCAGCAGAGGGCAGAGGUAGGAACCCAGCCACGAGGCUGCACCAGCUGCACGUGCACGUGUGUGUUGGGUCAAGGCGCUGAAGAGGGGACACGGCGCAUGCGCUUUCAAGUCGCGGGCCGUGGUCGGUGCCGUACAUGUUGGCGUACCGGACGUGCGUGUGCCGUACCUUUGUUGGCACCCGGGUUGUUUUGAGCCACGUGCUUGCAAGGCGAUGCAGCACAGGGGUCGUAUCUUGUUUUUGGGGUAAUGUCUAGCUCCAGACAAAAACGGCCGGGUGGCCGCCGUCUUUUGUCUGGGCACAUGGCGGUUUGGGGGCUUCUCCAUAGGAAUUCGGACAAAACCCGCCCCAAACCCGGGCCAACAAAGUCUCGCCCCAGACAUUAGCCCCCGGGAGGAAUGUCUAGGAAACGGCCAAAAUGGCCAAUUAAUGUCUGGAGACAUUAAGAUAGGAGCCC